AUGGAUAUUUAUUUAUUUAAACCAUAUGUAGUAUAUCAACGUCUAUAUAAUUGUAGCUUGUACAGAAUUGAUGAUAUACCUUUAGAGAAACGACAGAAAAUUUUUCUUGGUGUUGUUUUUGUUAUAUUAUUUUUAGUUUUUGAGGUAUUUAUUUUAAAAAUAUUUGUAGUUCCUAGGGAGUUCACGUUUUUUAAAAUUCAUUUUUCCUUCGCCUAGCCCCGGACUUUUUAGACGGAAAACUUUUGUUCGGGAUUGAUUGGUUCUACAUUGCAUAUUUAA